AAAAUGACACAGCUGCUAUUACUUCUGGUUUCUGUGGCCUCUGCAUGGGGUGCCCACCCCAGGGCUCCCCAGGACAGGACAGAUCUGCUCAACGUUUGCAUGGAUGCCAAGCACCACAAGGCAAAGCCGGGCCCUGAGGAUAAGCUGCAUGACCAGUGCAGUCCCUGGAAGAAGAAUGCCUGCUGCUUUGUGAAUACCAGCCAGGAGCUGCACAAGGAUACCUCUCUCCUCUACAAAUUCAACUGGAACCACUGUGGCAAAUUGGAGCCCAGCUGCAAGCGUCACUUCAUCCAGGACACCUGUCUCUAUGAGUGCUCCCCCAAUCUAGGACCCUGGAUCCAUCAGGUGGACCAGAGCUGGCGCAAAGAGCGUUUCCUGAAUGUGCCUCUGUGCAAAGAGGACUGUCAGAGCUGGUGGGAGGACUGCCGCACCUCUUACACCUGCAAGACCAACUGGCAGAAAGGCUGGAACUGGACCUCAGGGAUUAAUGAGUGUCCAGUCAGGGCCGCCUGCCAUACAUUUGAGUUCUACUUCCCCACACCUGCUGCCCUGUGUGAGGGCCUCUGGAAUCACUCCUACAAGGUCAGCAACUACAGUCGAGGGAGUGGCCGCUGCAUCCAGAUGUGGUUUGACCUGGCCCACGGUAACCCCAAUGAAAAGGUGGCAAGGUUCUAUGCUGAGGCCAUGAGUAUGGCUGAACCCCAUGAGAAUGGGCCCUUCUUGCUCUGCUUGGUCCUGAUGCUGCUGUGGUUCCUGAGCUGA